AUGGACCCGGCCAAGUACAAGAAUGCGACUGUCCGUCGCAGCCAUACCUACCACUACUAUCACUCUCCGGCGCUGGCAGGAAAGCCUACCCUUUUCUUCAUUCACGGCUUCCCGUCGACCUCCUUCGACUGGUCCCGUCAAGUCGCCCACUUCGAACCCCUUGGGUACGGCAUCCUCGUCCCUGACUGCCUCGGAUACGGCGGUACGUCCAAGCCCACGGACUGGGCCGAGUUCCGGCACAAACUCCUCGCGGACGACCUCGUCGACCUCAUCGACGCCGAGUGCCUCUCCGACGUCGUCGGGAUCGGCCACGACUGGGGCUCCGCCGUUCUGAGCGCGCUCGCGCACCACCACCAGGCGCGCUUCCGCGCGUUCGUUUGGCUCGUGGUUGGGUACACACCGCCGAGCACGCAGCCGUUUGACCUCGACGCGGUGUGCGCGAUGCUCAAGCAGACCGCCGGGAGCGAGUUCAUGGGCUACUGGAAGCUCAUGGUCGCGCCGCACGGACCGAAGCUCAUGGAGGAGAAGAUGGAUAGCUUCGUGCAGUUGGUGUACCCGACCGACCCGGGGCUGUGGGUUGAGAACCUCUGCCCGACCGGGGCGCUCGAGCGGUGGCUCACGGACGAUCGCCAACCGGGGCGGGCGACUUGGAUGAGCGAGGAGGAGUACAAGCGCAUCAGGAACGCGCUUCUGGCAGGCGGCAUGGCAUCUCCAGUCAGCUACUACGCCGUGUUCGUGAACAAUGGAAAUCUGGCUGACCAUGAAGCGAUACCCGAAGACGCAUGGUACAUCAGGAAGCCUGUGCUCUGCUUCUGGGCGCCGCGUGGUGGGUCUCCGGGCAAGGGGACGAUGGCGAAGUAUGCGCCCCACGCGAAGAUUAUAGACCUCGACGUCGGACACUGGCCACAGAUGGAGGCGACGGAGGAGGUCAACCGAGAGUUCGAGAGAUGGUUGCUCGAGUUGCCGGCGAUUACCACAGAGACGGCAUGA